AUGGUUAUGAUAUUGAUUUGUUUCCCUUUCCUUGAAGAACUUGAUCAUAGUAACCCUAAAAAUAAUGGCAAUUUUGCAGCAAACUCUAUGCUUUUGGAGCUUCCUAAGCUCCGUAGGGUUAAUCUCUCUGAUCAUCACUAUGCAAAUGGCUCGUUGCUUUUGCACUUGUAUAAAAAUUGUGUGUUUCUUCAAGAGAUUGUGAUGUUGAACACUUACUAUUUAACCGACAAUGAAAUUACUUCUGCUAUUUGUGAGAGACCUGGAUUGAGGUCUAUCUCCAUAACUAGAAUGACGUUUGGAAAUCUCAACAUCUUUAUUGAGUCGUUGGUGAAUUUGACGGGCUUAACUUCUCUUGAUUUAUCAUAUUCGUUUAUCCCAGAUGAAUUGCUUUCAUAUGUUGCAGAGAAAGCUCUUCCUAUUAGGAAACUCUUCCUCCAGGGAUACUUUGGCUAUACUUAUUUUGGAAUCUUUAACUUAUUGUCAAAGUGUCAAUUUAUUCAAUAUUUGGAUCUUCAAAAUGCUAAGUUUAUGAAUGAUUGGAAUGUCAUUGAGUUGUCUUUGUUUCUUGGUGAUUUGUUGUCUAUAAACAUUAGUAAAUGUGAUAGCCCUCACAAAUUUAUCCUUGUUUUCUCUCCUUAA